GCUGCAAGCUGGGGAGGCAGCACACGAAGGAGACAGCAGCAACCCAGGAGACAGCAGCAGCAAAGUAGAGGAGAGCAGCAGGGAUGACUAUAGCAGCAGCAGAAGAGACAGCAUCGGCAGAAGAGACAGCAGCAAUCCAGGAGACAGCAGCAGCAAACCAGACAGCAACAGCAAACCAGACAGCAGCGAUGAGGGAGACAGCAGCAGCAAAGUGGACGGCAGCAGCAGCAAAGGAGAUAGCAGCAGCAUAAAAAAUAGCAGCAGCAAACGCAGCAGCAGCAACAAAGGAGACAGCAGCAGCAACGCAAACAGCAGCAGCAAAGGAGACAGCAGCAGCAACACUUUAGACAGCAUUGCCGGAGACAGCAGCAGCAAAGGAGAGAGCAGCAGCAAAGGGGACAGCAGCAACACAGAAGACAGCAGCAGCAAAGUGGACAGCAGCAGCAAAGGAGACAGCAGCAGCGAGGGAGACAGCAGCAGCAAAGGAGACAACAGCAGCAAAGGAGACAGCAGCAGCAAAGGAGACAGCAGCAGCAAAGGAAACAGCAGCAACAGCAAAGGAAACAGCAGCAGCAGCAAAGGAGACAGCAGCAAACAGCAGCAGCGGGGAGUCUUGAAGAAGACAAAUAAAUAA